CUCUUGACUUUUAUACAACACCUUUUAUACAAUUUUAAAAAACUUCGACCGUUGAGGUGAACUGCUGAACAACCCAACGACCCAAAGUCCUCCUCCAUCUUCAUCGAUUUUCCGAGGGGAGGGUGGCGCUCCUGCCUCGUUGACAAAGUAAGGGCGAGUAUAAAUACAACAGGAGAGAACUCAGCCAUGUCCUCACCACACCACCAAUUCACAAGCACCUUCACCAUGGACAUGAUAGUGACCUCGCGCCGAAGGGCUCUGGAGACACGGACUAUCCGCCAGCCGACAUCCACUAUGCGCUCGUGGACUAAAAGCAGUCCUCUGUCUUACAAAAGAACCACAAAUGUGGCUGCAUCAAGGGCUGCGUCCGUGCUCGCGUCUCCGGAAGGGUUUGAGUUGAGCGCGGCGCUCAACGGGGACCCGGUGCGCAGCAACGAGAAGGAACAGCUCCAGGGGCUCAACGACCGCUUCGCCAGCUACAUCGACAAGGUUCGCUUCCUCGAGGAGCAAAACAGGCAGCUCGAGGCUGAGAUCCAAGCGCUAAAGCAGCAGAAAGUGUCGCAGUCCCUGCAGAGCGACGCGUACGACCGCGAGCUCCAAGACCUGCGCUGCGCCCUGGAGCAGCUCCACAAGGAGAAGGCGCAGAUCAUACUGGACACAGACCACAUGGACGAGGAUAUCCAGCGGAUCCGAGAGCGCUACGAAGACGAAUCCAGGCUCAGAGAGCACAUGGAGACUGCGAUCCGAGGCAUGAAGAAAGAGAAGGACGACUCGGUUCUGAUGAAGCUGGAGCUGGAGAGGAAAGUCCAAGCGCUCGUGGACGAAAUGGACUUCUUGCGGCAGAACCACGAGGAGGAGAUCAGCGAGCUUCUGGCUCAGCUUCAAGCCGCGCAGGUGCCGGUGGUGGAGAUGAGGGACCUCCAGAAGACCGACAUCACCUCCGCGCUCCGGGAGAUCCGCGCUCAACUGGACGGGCUCUCCUCCAAGAACCUCCAGCAGGCUGAAGAGGUGUUCAAGUGCCGCUACGCCAUGCUGACGGACGCCGCGGAACAGAACAAGGAUGCUAUAAAGUCCAUACGGGACGAGAUCGGUGACUACCGCCGUCAGAUCCAAGCCAAGAACAUUGAGCUGGAGGCUCUUCGAGGCACCAAAGAUUCACUGGAAAGGCAGCUGCAUGAUAUCGAAGACCGCCACAACACCGAUGUUGCCAGUUACCAGGAAAUGAUUCACCAAUUGGAAAAUGAUCUGAAAGGAACAAAAUGGGAAAUGUCUCGUCAUCUUCGGGAAUAUCAGGAUCUGCUCAAUGUCAAGAUGGCACUUGAUGCUGAAAUAGCAGCUUACAGGAAACUACUGGAGGGCGAGGAGACACGCUUCCGUACCAUCUCUGGAAGCAUUCCAAGCGCUGCGUUUGCUUACAGCCAGCCCAAAUCCUCUAAGGUCAAACAUAAAAUAGUGGAGGAGAUCAUUGAGGAGACUAAAGCAGAGCGUGACAUCGAUGAUGAUCUGGCGGAGCUGGCAAAAGAGGUGGCGGAAGAAGCUGGUGAGGGUGAAGAGGAGGAAAAGGAGGAAGAGGAGGAAGAGAUUGUUGCCGCCAGUCAGGCUAAAGUGAGUUCCGCCGCUCCUGAGGGCGAAGAAGAGGAAGGAGGAGAUGAGGAAGAAACAGCAGAAGAAGGAGAGGCUGCUGAGGAGGAAGAGGAAGAAGAGGCCGUGGAGGAAGUGAUCGAGGAAACGGAACUGUGCGGAGACAAAUCGCCGACAGCAGAGAAAGAAGGCAGUGACAAAGAUGAAGAAGGAAAGGAAGAUGAAGAAGAACAAGAGGCGGAAGGUGAAGAACAAGCCAAAGAUGAUGAGGAGAAGGAAGAAGCUGAUGAAAAGGAGGAGACCAAAUCUGAAGGAGACGAAGAGCAGAAAGAAGAGUCCGGAGGAGAGGAAACCAAGGCCGAUUCGGAGAAGAGCGACAAAAAAAGCGACACUGAGGAAGAAGAAAAGAAAUCCCCCGUGAGUGAAGAAAAAGAGAAACCAGAAAGCCCAGCGGAAGAAGAAAAAGAGAAACCAGAAAGCCCAGCGGAUGAAGAAAAAGAGAAACCAGAAAGCCCAGCAGAUGAAGAAAAAGAGAAACCAGAAAGCCCAGCGGAUGAAGAAAAAGAGAAACCAGAAAGCCCAGCGGAUGAAGAAAAAGAAGAAGUCAUUCCAAACGGUGGAGACCCAGCCAAAGAGGAAGCCAGUCCCAAAGAAGAGGUCCAAACCAGAACGGUGGAGACCAUCACCAACGGAGACAAGCAGCCCAAAGCAGACACUGAGAAAGAGAAGAAGCCAGAGGAAAAGCCUCAGGAGAAAAAGAAAGUCACCAAAAAGGUGGAGAAAGUCGCUCCGGAAGCAAAGAAGGAAAUCAAAGGAAAAGACUGAUGCAAGUGACCUUGACAGGAAAUUAGUUAUAAUCAAUUGUUAGAAAUAAUUCUAUUCGAUGCAAAAUGCAGCAGAAAUAAUUGCAUGCGUGAUUAUGAUUGACUUGCAUGUGUGGUUUGGGGGGACGUGCCAUGCUGAGCUGUUGCGUCUGAAACAGAAACUAUAGCGCGUUUGAAUUAAAGUGCAAGUACAUUUUGCUGCUAAUGACUUGAACCGUCUCUGUUAACGAGAGAUAUCUCCAGCAGCUGUUUGGCAAUAUUGGUGCUACUACAAUAUCAUCAUUCGCAGGUUCACUCUGAGCGGAAACUCCAUUUCAUCUAAUAUACUUCUUGCCUUAAGACAUAAUGCAUUGAAUCAAUGAUAAGAGUUGGUUUGUUAACGCAAAACAUGAAAGCUGUUAACAAUGAUACUGUGAAAGCUAAAGGUGCUGCUCUUUGCAAUAUUACAUCAAUCAAUAAAAGCUCAUCAAGUCCUUA